AGAUGGUAUGAAGACACGGAGCUCAUGUUGCAUCGGACAAGAUCCAGCCGUGUCAGAUGCACUGAGCCCUGAAACCUUGGUGCCGGCUGCGAUGGGACACAGUAAGGCCGUGGACACGAUGAGAAUCCUCUGCAGCGUUCCCUCUCAAUCACAGCAGCAUCUGUAGACAGUAGAUUGGUCCGUUAUCUGACCUUAAUGUCAGCCGUGUUGCCGUGGCAGCCUCAAGCUGCACCGCCGGAUCAACCCAUGGAGGCGUGGCCUGAACACCCCCAGCACCGCUGCCCCUGGUAAGACCAGCCACAUGAACAGCGAUGCCUUCUAAGGUCUCCUGCCUAUACCUGCUGACAGUGGUUUGUUGGGCCAGCGCUCUGUGGUACCUGAGCGUGUCCCGCCCCUCCACGUCCUAUGUGGGACAGCUUAAUAUCCCCAUACGCACGGCGCCCAAGCUGGGCAAGAACGCCACCUUCGGCAACAUCCGCACGCGCACGCUCAACCCGCACGACUUUGACUACCUCAUCAAUGAGGAGAAGAAGUGCGAAGCGGAGCCGCCCUUCCUCGUCAUCCUCAUCAGCACCACUCACAAGGAAUUUGACGCCCGUCAGGCCAUCAGAGAGACAUGGGGGGACGAGAGCACGUUUCCCGAGGUGCGCGUGGUCACGCUCUUCCUGUUGGGACGCAGCACCGACGCCAUUCUCAACGAGAUGGUGGAGCAGGAGAGUCAGAUCUUUCACGACGUGGUAGUGGAGGAUUUUAUUGACUCUUACCACAAUCUGACGCUUAAGACGCUGAUGGGCAUGCGUUGGGUGGCCACGUUUUGUUCCCAGGCUCAAUAUGUCCUGAAGACGGACAGUGACAUUUUUGUCAACAUGGAGAACCUCAUCUACAACCUCCUGAAGCCCACCACCAAGCCCAGGAGGAGGUACUUCACUGGCUAUGUCAUCAAUGGUGGGCCAAUCAGAGACAUGCGCAGCAAGUGGUACAUGCCCAGGGAUCUUUACCCCGAGAGCAAGUACCCGCCCUUCUGCUCCGGCACCGGGUACAUCUUCUCAGCUGACGUGGCCGAGCUCAUAUACAAUACUUCGUUACACACGAGGCUGCUGCAUCUCGAGGACGUGUACGUUGGCGUGUGCCUCCGAAAGCUCGGCAUCCACCCCUUCCAGAACAGCGGCUUCAACCACUGGAAGAUGGCCUACAGCCUUUGCCGCUACCGCCGCGUGGUCACCGUCCACCAGAUCUCGCCCGAGGAGAUGCACCGCAUCUGGAACGACAUGACCAGCAAGAAACACCUGAAAUGUUAGUAGGACUGUUUGCACUCGCACCAGCGGAGGAGUCUGGGAGGAUUGAAUUUCAUUAACUGUUUCUCCGCUGGUCAGCCCUGAGCUGAAGGAACAUUGUUGACGAAGAGUCCGGGGCUUUUUUCUGCCGCAGACUUGCUUUGUCAGGAGUGUCUGCAGCUGCAAGGCCACAAAAAAACCUCUGCAUUACUCCGUGUUCUCCCUCGUUUCAAGGUGCUGCUCAGCUCAGACUCUCAAAUUGCGUCAAAGGUUGGAUUCGUUUUCAAAAAAAUGUGCUAAACCAUCAUUUUUACAGGAAAUUACCCCACAGCAGCAAUUGUCCCCGGUUACCAUACAUUAGAUUUAAAAUAAACAGCAACACUUAAAGUUGUCACCUCACGAGCUCCUAAUUAUGAAUGUUCCUGUGUUUUCAGUCGAUGUACUAACUGAACGAGGUGUUGAUGUUGGAUGUACUGUCUGGCAGCGCGUCACGAGGACCACGCUGAGUUCACGGUGUGAAGACUCGGCUGAAACAUGUUGUUCUCACUCCGUGGUAUUGAUGAGCCGACCUGUUUGCCUCUGUAAUAUUUCAGAAUUAGACAUAUUUUCUUACAGCAGAACAACCCUGGAACAUUUCUUCAACAAGUAUCUGGAAGACGUGAAGAUGUCGGCGCUCACAUUCCCAAGUGAAUGUUACUUCUGUGACCGUGUACAGUGUGAUUCGUCUCAGGCGCUGCAGUGUGCUGUUAUAUUUUCUAUUACUUGAACAUGAAGAACAGAUUCACCAGUGGGAGAGUGUGCUGAAGACAAAUAUCACACUUUGGAGUGCUUUCUUCUUUUCAAUUACUUGAGAUUAAAUAAAGCGCUUUUAUAAGA